UGGAGAGAAGGAGGACCCCCUUUUCUCUCCUUUUCCUCACCAACUUGCCUCUGUGGGAGUUUAUAUCAAUAAAGGGAGGGGAGGAAAGAAGACCUAGCCUUGUGUGUGUGUGUGUGUCUGUGUGUAGUAUAUGUGUGUGUAGUGUGUGUGUGUGUGUGGUUUCCCUCCUCUUCCUCCUCCUCCUCCUGGGCUGCCAUUUAACCUCCACCACCGGCGUCUCUCCUUUUCCUUUUCUCUCUCUCUCUCUCUUUCUGGAGCCAUGGAGCCAAGGCUCCGGCCAUAGGCGGCCGCAAUGCAGUUCCGCGCGGGCGGCAGAAGAAGAAGAAGAAGCAGAGGAGGAGGAGGAGGAGGAGAGCGAGGGAAGCGGCUCAAGGCGGAGGAGGAGGAGAAGAAGGAGAAGCAGCAGCAGCUAUUGGCGGCGGCGGGGCUCUUCCUCGCCUGGAAGGGACUGGAUUCUAGGAUGCGGUGCUGAAUCGGAGGAGGAGAAGAAGAGGAGGACCGGGCUUUUGGUGGCAUCCUCUUCUGGACUUGGGGAGCUUUUCGAGACGGGAGGAGGAGGAGGAGGAGGGGGGUGUGGGUCUGUGGUUUGGGUUGCUCUCUCCUCUUGAGGCUCCGGACCCCAAGCGUUGGAGGAAGGGAGGAGGAGGAGGAGGAUGAAGGCGUCGCGGUUGGCGCCCCUGCUUUGGCUCUGCCUGGCUCUGCUGCUCCUCCGGGAAGGACAGCCUCAGCCUUGCCCGGCUCAGUGCUCCUGCUCCGGGAGCACCGUCGACUGUCACGGGCUGGCCCUCCGCAGCGUCCCCAGGAACAUCCCCCGCAACGCCGAGAGGCUGGAUCUUAAUGGAAAUAAUAUCACAAGGAUCACCAAGACUGAUUUUGCUGGCCUACGGCACCUUCGAGUUCUUCAACUUAUGGAAAACAAGAUCAGUACAAUUGAAAGAGGAGCAUUCCAGGACCUGAAAGAGUUGGAGAGACUGCGGCUAAACAGAAAUAAUCUUCAGCUCCUUUCUGAGUUACUGUUUCUUGGAACUCCAAAACUCUACAGGCUGGAUCUCAGUGAAAACCAGAUUCAUGCCAUUCCAAGGAAGGCUUUCCGUGGAGCAGUGGACAUUAAAAACUUGCAACUGGAUUACAACCAGAUCAGCUGUAUUGAAGAUGGGGCAUUUAGGGCUCUCCGUGAUCUGGAAGUGCUCACUCUCAACAAUAACAACAUCACAAGACUGUCAGUGGCAAGUUUCAACCAUAUGCCCAAGCUCAGAACCUUCCGACUUCACUCCAACAACCUUUACUGUGAUUGCCAUCUGGCUUGGUUAUCUGAUUGGCUACGUCAGCGACCUCGGGUUGGCUUAUAUACCCAGUGCAUGGGCCCAUCACACUUACGGGGUCACAAUGUAGCUGAAGUUCAGAAAAGAGAAUUCAUCUGCAGUGAUGAGGAUGAAGGUCAUCAGUCUUUUAUGGCUCCCUCCUGCAGCGUUUUGCACUGCCCCGCUGCAUGUACCUGUAGUAACAACAUUGUGGACUGCCGAGGGAAGGGCCUUACUGAAAUCCCAACCAAUCUUCCAGAAACCAUAACAGAAAUACGGUUGGAGCAAAAUUCAAUCAAGACAAUCACUGCUGGAGCUUUCUCGCCAUAUAAAAAGCUAAGAAGAAUUGAUUUGAGUAAUAAUCAGAUCUCAGAGGCAGCACCAGAUUCUUUCCAGGGCCUGCGCUCACUAAAUUCACUUGUUCUCUAUGGAAACAAAAUCACAGAACUUCCCAAAGGUCUGUUUGAAGGGCUUUUCUCAUUGCAGUUGCUAUUAUUGAAUGCAAACAAGAUAAACUGCCUGCGAGUAGAUGCAUUCCAAGACCUGCACAACUUGAACCUUCUGUCUUUGUAUGACAAUAAGCUUCAGACCAUUGCAAAGGGCACUUUUUCCCCACUUCGAGCAAUUCAAACCCUGCAUUUGGCUCAGAACCCAUUUAUUUGUGAUUGCCAUCUGAAGUGGCUGGCGGAUUAUCUCCAUACAAACCCUAUUGAAACCAGUGGUGCUCGCUGUACCAGCCCCCGCCGUCUGGCAAACAAAAGGAUUGGCCAGAUCAAAAGCAAGAAAUUUCGCUGUUCAGGCACGGAAGAUUACAGAUCCAAACUAAGUGGAGAUUGCUUUGCAGACCUGGCUUGCCCUGAAAAAUGUCGUUGUGAAGGGACAACGGUUGACUGCUCUAAUCAGAAGCUUAGCAAAAUUCCUGACCACAUUCCUCAGUACACAGCAGAACUGCGACUCAACAACAAUGAAUUUGCUGUGUUGGAAGCAACAGGCAUCUUUAAGAAGCUUCCUCAGUUGCGUAAAAUAAAUCUAAGCAAUAACAAAAUAACAGAUAUUGAAGAAGGAGCAUUUGAAGGGGCUUCUGGCGUAAAUGAGCUUUUGCUCACAAGCAACCGAUUAGAGAAUGUUCGAUAUAAAAUGUUCAAAGGACUAGAAAGCCUCAAAACUUUAAUGCUAAGGAGUAAUCGCAUUAGCUGUGUGAGUAAUGAUAGUUUCACAGGCCUGAGUUCUAUCCGUCUGCUGUCUUUAUACGAUAACCAAAUAACUACAAUUGCUCCUGGAGCUUUUGACACUCUUCAUUCCUUGUCCACACUGAACCUCUUGGCUAAUCCAUUCAACUGCAACUGCCACUUAGCAUGGCUGGGAGAGUGGCUGCGGAAGAAGCGCAUUGUGACAGGGAAUCCUCGCUGCCAGAAACCCUACUUUCUCAAAGAAAUCCCUAUACAGGAUGUGGCCAUUCAGGAUUUCACUUGUGAUGAUGGAAAUGAUGAGAAUAGUUGCUCUCCACUCUCCCGCUGUCCUGCAGAAUGUACUUGCCUAGAUACUGUAGUUCGUUGUAGCAAUAAAGGUCUGAAGACUUUGCCUAAAGGCAUUCCAAAGGAUGUAACUGAACUUUAUUUGGAUGGAAACCAGUUUACCCUUGUUCCCAAAGAACUUUCAAACUAUAAGCACUUAACUCUUAUAGAUUUAAGUAACAACCGAAUCAGCACUCUUUCUAACCAGAGUUUCAGCAACAUGACUCAGCUGCUUACCUUAAUUCUCAGUUACAAUCGUCUCAGAUGUAUUCCAGCGCGAACAUUUGAUGGCUUAAAAUCACUUAGGCUGCUAUCCUUACAUGGCAAUGACAUUUCUGUUGUUCCUGAAGGUGCUUUUCAUGACCUUUCAGCAUUAUCCCAUCUUGCCAUUGGGGCAAAUCCACUUCACUGUGACUGUAACAUGCAAUGGCUGUCUGACUGGGUCAAGUCAGAAUACAAAGAACCAGGAAUAGCCCGGUGUGCAGGUCCUGGGGAAAUGGCUGACAAGCUGCUUCUUACCACUCCAUCUAAAAAAUUUACAUGUCAAGGACCUGUUGAUGUUAACUUGGUGUCAAAAUGUAGUCCCUGCUUAUCAAAUCCAUGCAAAAAUGAUGGAACCUGUAAUAAUGACCUGUGAGAUUUCUACAGAUGCUCUUGUCCCUAUGGUUUCAAGGGCCAAGACUGUGAUGUUCCAUUAUCUGCCUGCAUUAGCAACCCUUGUAAACAAGGGGGGACUUGUCAUAAAAGAGGUAAGGAUGGAUUUUGGUGUGCCUGUCCUGAUGGAUUUGAAGGGGAAAACUGUGAAGUGAAUAUUGACGAUUGUGAAGACAAUGAUUGUGAAAAUAAUUCUACCUGUAUAGAUGGAAUUAACAACUAUACUUGCCUUUGUGCACCUGAAUACACAGGUGAGCUAUGUGAAGAAAAGCUGGAUUUCUGUGCCCAAGAACUAAACCCCUGCCAGCAUGACUCAAAAUGCAUCCUGACACCCAAAGGAUACAAAUGCAAUUGCACACCUGGCUAUAUUGGAGAACAUUGUGAUAUUGACUAUGAUGACUGCCAAGACAACAAGUGUAAAAAUGGAGCACAGUGCACUGACGCAGUAAAUGGUUAUACUUGCAUAUGCCCUGAAGGAUACAGUGGGCUUUUCUGUGAGUUUUCCCCACCAAUGGUCUUGCCUCGUACCAGCCCAUGUGAUAAUUAUGAAUGUCAGAACGGAGCCCAGUGCAUCAUCAAAGCCAAUGAUCCAGUCUGUCAGUGCCUGUCAGGUUACCAGGGUGAUAAAUGUGAAAAGCUGGUCAGUAUUAACUUUGUGAACAAAGAAUCCUACUUGCAAAUUCCCGCAGCAAAGAUUCGUCCUCAGACUAAUAUCACUCUCCAGAUUGCCACAGAUGAAGAUAGUGGAAUUCUACUAUAUAAAGGUGACAGAGAUCAUAUAGCAGUGGAACUGUACCGUGGACGAGUGAGAGUCAGUUAUGAUACAGGAUCAUAUCCAGCAUCUGCCAUCUAUAGUGUUGAGACAAUCAAUGAUGGAAAUUUCCACAUAGUUGAAUUACUUGCAGUGGAUCAGAUUCUGUCUUUGUCGAUUGAUGGAGGAAGCCCCAAGAUCAUUACCAACUUAUCUAAGCAGUCCACUUUGAAUUUUGACUCCCCGCUCUAUGUAGGAGGCAUGCCUAUGAAAAACAAUGUUGCUGCACUGCGACAGUCCCCAGGUCAAAAUGGUACCAGUUUUCAUGGUUGCAUCCGUAAUCUGUACAUCAACAGUGAACUGCAAGACUUUAGGAAUGUCCCACUGCAAGUGGGAAUUCUCCCAGGCUGUGAACCAUGUCAUAAGAAGGUGUGUGUCCAUGGAACUUGCCAUGUGACUAGCCAGUCAGGCUUUACAUGUGAGUGUGAUGGAGGAUGGACUGGCACACUGUGUGAUCAACAAACCAAUGAUCCCUGUCUGGGAAAUAAAUGUGUGCAUGGUACCUGCUUGCCAAUCAAUGCAUUUUCAUACAGUUGUAAAUGCCUGCAGGGACAUGGGGGAGUCCUCUGUGAUGAAGAUGAAGAACUGUUUAACCCCUGCCAGUCCAUCAGAUGUAAACAUGGUAAAUGUAGGCUUUCAGGCCUUGGGAAACCGUAUUGCGAAUGCAGCAGCGGAUACACUGGGGACAGCUGCGAUAAAGAAAUCUCUUGUCGAGGGGAACGAAUCAGAGAUUACUUCCAAAAGCAGCAAGGCUACACCGCAUGCCAGACGACCAAGAAGGUAUCGAGACUAGAGUGCACGGGAGGGUGUGCAAGUGGGCAAUGUUGCAGGCCGUUGAGGAGCAAGAGGCGGAAAUACUCUUUUGAAUGCACUGAUGGGUCCUCCUUUGUGGAUGAAGUAGAAAAGGUGGUGAAGUGUGGCUGUACAAAGUGCCCCUCCUAAAAGCGUCCUAUUUGCCCUACUUGUCUUUUUUUUUUUUUUUUAAUGUUGUAUACUUAUUGACCGUGUCUCGGACUAAUUAAUGCUUCAUAGUGGAAAUAUUUGAAAUAUAUUGUAAAAUACAGAACAGACUUAUUUUUAUUAUGAGAAUAAAGACUUUUUUCUUUAAUUGCAACAACAACAACAAAUCAGAUGCUUGAACUGAGACUUCUUGUAAACGAGAGAAGCUUUGAAGAAGACAUUUUUUUAAAACAAAGAGAAACUGGUAACGUUUCAACAGCGAUGGAAAUUUAACUGCUUGUGAACAUCUACCAUUCUUUAUGACAUGCUGAAGAUAAACAGGCACCCUGUUCAAGUGACUUUCAACCUUGCCAUCUUAUACGGGGCAUUUUUUUUUUAUUUUAUUUUACUAUUUUUAACAAUAGGUUUUGAUUUUUGGUUUUACUCUCAUGACAGGAACAUAUCAAACUCUUCCAAGGAAUGGGAGGAAGAGUGUCAGGUGAAAAUGAUCCAUUUGUGCACGUUUAACAAAUAGGUGAUGCGUUUUGCCUGCCAUAAAAAUAAUCAUGUUGGGAAAAUGAAGCCUCUGGCCUCCCGGACAGAAGAGGAAACACCAUAAACCCUAAAACCUCCUGAUGUGUUCUUUUAUGUUGGCAUGUUAGCAGGAAAAGAAGUCCAAUAAGUGUUUAUCUACCCUCUUCCAGUAUUAAUUUGUUGUAAUAUAAAUGUUAAGGGGAUGAUAAAAUAGAUUAUUGUUGGGAAAAUUAGGUAUUAUAUGGAGUUUUGGUUCUAUGAGUUCUAAAAGCUCUAUACAGUAUUCGGUUUAUUGAGAAAUAUUUAUUGUAUCAAAGUACACUGUACUUAACAUUUAGGCCACCCCUUUUACUGUUUUUUCAAUGCUUUAAUAUAUAUUAAUUUAUAUUUGUCCUGAUAUUUUUGUAUUUCCUGUUGUUGCUGUUUUUUCUUUUUAAAAAAAGAAGACUUAAAAAUCAGGAUAUUUGCAAUAGGACUAAUAUAGCAUGUUGUCAUGGGGUAAAUAGAUUUGGUCUGGGUUAUUCUUAAUUUUUACCAUAGCAACCUAUCAUCUGCUGUUACUGAUAGAAAAUAUGCUGGAAACAUCAACAGAUUGCAGUUUUCAUGAUAGCAAAGACUUGCAUUAUUUCCCAAGUCCUUGUAAUGUAUGAGGGGGGAAAUGUCUUAACAGUAGAUGACUAGUGUAUAGAAGUGAUCAUUUCCCUAAAUAUAAUGACAUUGCUGAAAAAUGAUGUGUAGAAAAUAACACUAGAAAGUAGAUCUUUACAGACUAAUAUUCCCGUGGAGUUCCUUACCUUUAAAAUUAAAAGAGAGAGGCUGUACUACCAAGAACUGUGACUUUUCCCAAAUAUUAAAACUACUUUACUUGCCCUAAUGUUUCCCUUUGUUAACAUGUUGCUGCUAAAUCACAAUAUAGAAUUGGUAAUAAUUUUUUCAUAGUGGGUUGUGUUCUUUUUUUCAGUAAAUCUCGGGGUACCCUGUAAAAAGGGUUUUUUCAAUUUUUUUAAAAGAAGUUAGAUGUACAUGUGUAAUACAGUGUUGCUUUGUCUUAUUUGGACUGAUAUCAGUAUCUUUACUGAUGUUUGUAAAUUAAACAGAUAUUUACUUCA